AUGAAAGACUGGCCGGCCACCAAAGCGGCGCUGCUUCGUGCGGCCAAGAUGCCGGUCCGGAAGAUGCUGAGUGCUGGCUAUGAUUUAGUGGCGCUAGUGGCGAAAUCUCCCCGGCGCCAGACCUUGGAGUUUGCCUCUCGGCAGGAGCCCUUCGACUCCUCGUUGCCUUUGAAGCAGCUCGUGGAGCGACUGCAGAGGCACGCGAAUCGGGUCAAGCGCGGGGUGAUGUGGCUGUGCACCGGCGCGUGCCGUGCUAUGUGGACGGCGAGCUUCGGGUGGCCGCUGGCCAGUUGGAACCUCUCGGGGCCUAGGAAGGUUUUGACCGCGAACGAUCUCCUGGAGCUCUGCGGGGGCUCCGUGGCCAAGGCCUCGAAGGAGGUCUUGGAGGCGACGCUGCGCCAGGUGCUGGGCGAGGUCUCGGACGGGCGCCUCGACACCUCGGAGGAGCGAGCGCGUUUCGCGGUCUCGCGGUCGGCGGCUUUGAACCUCGAAGAUGAUACGGCGCUGGAAGUGAUGCAAAAGCCGCCUGGCAUUGCAUCGGGCGCCCAUGGUCACAUUGUGGAAGAGCAGACCCCAAGGCUGGACAGUGAGGGCGUGCGUGCAGCUCCGGUGCUGGCUCUGCCGGACUCAAGCCCUUCGCGCGGAACCGCCGGCGCCAGCGCGUCCGGCGCCCUGCGCAUCAUUGCGCAGUUCGACCUCGCGGAUGAGGUGAUGCAGCAGCUGGAGGUGGGUCAGGAGGAGAGGGAUGCCAUCUUCGCAGCAGCUGGGAAGGAAGAAUGA